UUCUGAAUUAUAAAGAUUAUUUGACUUUAAUUCUAUGCACAAUAACUCAUCAAGCCGGUAAUCAAGUAACAUAAAACAAAGUUCAACAUUACUCAAAAAAAAGAUGUUUUUUAAGAAAGGAAUUAGACGACGAAAUAUUCUACUUGUUGUUAUUAUUAUCUGCGUUUACCUAAUAGUAUCAUAUAUACAUCAAGGAAGAGAUGUUGGUGAUACGAAAGAGAAAAUCAUUCUCAUAGAGGAAUCGAUACGUUCACAAGUGAACCAGGGAAAGUGUAAAGUACCGACAAUUCCCUAUGACUCACCUGAAAUGAUGAAAUUUAUGAAAGACGAAGAACCGAUAGAUUGUGGAAAUGAUGUGGACUGGGUGGCUUGUAAUGUUUCCUUCUGUCAUAUAAAGAAGCAUAUUAUACAGCAAAAAGGAGGCUUUAUUUCUUGUGAAUUUACUGAUAUAUUAAGAAACGGCGAUAGUAACUAUCAAUAUGGAUCAACAACACGCUCAACCAACAAGUAUAUGCUACAAAAUUCUGAUUUUGUAAGAAUUAAAUGUAAAGCAGCUGAUGGAUCUAAAUGGUUUGGUACAGGAAUCGGCAUACGAAAAGAUGUCGAUAUAGUAAAGAGACAUAAAUCUGUGGAUGGAUACAAUGUUAUCAUGUUUGGCUUUGACUCGAUGUCGAGAAAUGCUUUUAUCAGGAAAUUACCAAAAUCCUACAACUACCUUACGAAUGAACUUAAGGCUGAUGUCCUGAAAGGAUAUAACAUUAUUGGAGACGGCACACCUCAAGCACUGAUACCUUUAUUAACAGGCUAUACAGAAUUAGAACUACCUGAAACGAGAAAGCGAAAGUUUUCCUCGAAUUAUGUCAACGUAUAUCCAAUGAUUUGGAAAGAAUAUCAAAAGGCUGGAUAUGUCACAUCCUUUAAUGAGGAUCAACCAAAAAUUGGAACAUUUUCAUAUCGACUUAAAGGAUUUGAUGAACAGCCAACAGAUCAUUACAUGAGAAAUUAUUAUGUAGCUAUAGAAUAUGAAUUGAGUAAUUAUAAGAAAUUCUGUGUUGGUAGUCGUCCAAAGCAUCAAGUAAUGUUUGAUUACACUUACGAUUUCAUGCACAAGUAUCACAAUACAAAUCCGUACUUUUUGUUUAGCUUUCAUGCUGAAUUGUCACACGAUUCGAUCAAUUUGAUUGGUCUGGUUGAUGAUGAUCUUGAGAAUUGGCUUAAAAAGCUCAACUCAUCCUCAAUGCUCAACAAAACCUUAUUGAUAUUCAUGUCUGAUCAUGGAAAUCGCUUUAUGGAAACUAGAAACUCACUCAAUGGAAAAUUAGAGGAACGACUUCCAUUCUUUAGCUUUAUAUUCCCAGAAUCCUUUAAAAGGAAGUACAGCGCACAUUAUAAGAAUUUUCAAGCUAAUGUAAAUUCUCUCGUAACUCCAUUUGAUGUUCAUGAAACUUUAUCAGAUUUCCUAGAAAUUCAACUUUAUGGCAGGAAUAAAAAAUCUAGUCAUGCACGAGCCAUCUCAUUAUUUAAUAAAAUUGGAGAUAGAAAUUGUGGGGAAGCAUUUAUUGAACCUCAUUGGUGUUCAUGUUUAUCAUGGCGUCAACUUAAUGACACAACAUCAGAAGAAGUAAUUCGAGCAGCUAAUGCAGUCAUUGAAGCUAUUAAUAAGUAUACAAGUGAUUAUCGUGAUAUUUGCGAACCGUUGAUAUUGAAGGAAGUUGUCUGGUCCGCUAAACUAAUUCCUCAAAAGAAUCUCCUUAAUUUCAAAACUAACAAAGAUACUGACGGCUUUCUAGCUGAUUUUAAUGCUGAUACCAAAGUUACAAGUGAAAUGUUCCAAAUUAAUAUCAUAACCCUUCCUAGUCUUGCAAUUUAUGAAUCUAGUGUUCUCUAUGACUUUAUUAAUAACGUCUUUCGAGUCAAAAUAUCCGAUAUAUCGCGUACAAACAAAUAUGGAAGUCAAGCGUCAUGCAUUUAUGACCAAAAUCCAGAACUGAGAAAAUUUUGCUAUUGUAAAGAUAGCACAUAAGGAAUAAGAUAUUAUAGGAUAGCUUAAUAUGUAUAAAAAUGAAAUAAAAUGACAGCUACAUUUUGAAUGUUCA